AUGAUUCGUUUCCGGAUACGGACCCUGUGCUGCCCGAUGUUCCAAGUCCUCAGCAGAGAAGACCCUAUUUUCGGACAACAAUAUGUUAAUGGCUCCAUAUUCCGGAAUAAAAUCGAUUACCUCAUCUUCAAAACGCACACGGUCUCGUUAGAGCAUUUGGCAUUUCGAAUCGAAUUAUUCCAUGAAAUGGAUCGUAUAGGAAUUGCAUACGCUCUACCAGCUGCAUUGCCCGAUCUCUAUGGAAAAGCUACUUUCCCCAUUAUUUCCUUAAGGAAUAUUCCCAUUGGGCAAAUUGACAUUGACUACAUGCUGGUAAAAUCCUUGCCUGUCGAUCGCUCUAUACGCGAUAACGUGUUAGUCUCAUGGGGAAGGUACUGGAGGAAACGCACUACAUUAGAAGUUGGACACAGAGGUAUGGGAAGCUCCUAUACCAAAAUGGCAGUAGCUCGAGAAAAUACGAUACACUCGUUGAGCGAAGCGGCAAGAAAAGGUGCCGACUAUGUCGAAUUCGACGAUCUAAGCCUCGAUCAGCUCCAUCUUCUUCACCUAGAACAUCCUGAUGAACACCUCAAUAUGGCAUGGAGAGUGACACCUAGUGAAGAAGAGGAAGAUGAAGACGAUAAUAAUCCUUUCCCUCACCUAAGAAAAGUUCUCGACUCUGUCAGCCUUGAUGUAGGAUUUAAUAUAGAAAUCAAAUAUCCGAUGAAACUGAAGGAUGGAACUCAUGAGUGUCCUGCCUACAACAUGGAGCGAAAUGAUUUUGUAGAUGUGAUCCUGAGAACUGUCAUAGAGUACGCUGGUAGAAGAAGAGUGAUAUUUUCUAGCUUCGAUCCGGAUGUCUGCAGUUUAAUUACCCUGAAACAACAUAUAUACCCUGUCAUGCUGUUAGUUGUGGGUCCCACCACGCGAUACACACCCUUCCAGGAUAUUCGCUGUGAUUGCUCAAAACUCGCCGUAAAUUUUGCUGCCGGCAACGGACUUCUAGGUGUUAAUUUUCAUAGCGAAGAAUUACUACAGGUGAGUGCACACAGACAAAGUGGUCCCUAG